AUGGAUUUAAUUUAGUUAUCAUCGAUGAUAUUAAAUACACUCUUAUAUGCAACACUGUAUAUGAUGAGCAAAUAUAUCUAUAGAAUCUAGAAACAGAGUAAAAGAUUUAUAUUAGCAAGAAUUGUCGACAAAUGAUAAAUAAUUAGCUAAAGCAUUCCGAUAUCAAAGAAGGAAAAUAAAAAUUAUAAUUAUGGGUUUGCCUACAUUACUAUGUUUUGCUUAAAAUUAUUACAACUUAUGUCUGAGAUACACAUAGUCAGAAAAAUUGAAUAUUUUUGAGUGUUUAAAAUAAUUUGAUACUGAAAAAAUAGGGAUGGGAAUAUUGACUUCAUUUUAUAUGACUCUUUUAUUAUACAUUGGUCCAGUUUAUUAAGAAUUUUGGGUAAUGAAUAUCAUUUUUAUUCAGAAUGGCAACUUAAGGGAGAAAUUUAGUAAAAUUAAAUUCAACAAAUUCAGGUGGGAUUAUUUUACAAAGAUUGUUAUCGUAUUUUUUCUAUAAGCUUCAAUAGACUCCAUUAAUAGAUGAAAUUAUUUUUAGAGAAUUAGUAAAUAAUGCUAUAAAUGUUAGAUAUUAAAAUAACAUAGAGUUUAUUAUUUAUUCAACAUUUUUAUAUAGUUCAAGUAAUAAGCUAUAAUAUUUGAUUAGCAAAAUCAUUGUCUUAUUAAUUAAAGUACGGAUAACUAUCCCGUUAUGAAUUCCUUAAAACAUUUGUUUUGGGAUUGUACUUGUCUUUUGUCUUAGUGUAGACAAAAACAAUUGCAACAGUAAUAAUCAAUCAUGGACUUAUGAAUUUUAUGGGAAGGCCUAAUUUUUAAGAUUUAGUUAAAGGAAAGUAUAGCAAUUAAUAAAGAUAAAGUAUAAUAGAAUUCACUAUUUUAAGAGAUGAUACGGUUUUAUGUCCUCGGUUUCGUUGCUUUUCUAAUUUUUUGUGUCUUAGUUUUGUGA